AUGGUGUGUGGCCUAGUGUGUGGGGCCGUGACUAGACGGAGCCCGGCCCUGACGUCUGCUCCCCCCGCCAGGAGGAUAAAACAGAAGAAGAUCUACGUGAUCAGCACCACCAAGCGGCCGGUUCCCCUCGAGCAUUACCUGUACACAGGCAACAGCCACAAGACCCAGACUGAGACCUUCCUGCUGCUCGAUGCCCACGGCAACUUCCUCACCAAGGGCUUCUACGCGGCGGUGGAAGCCAAGAAAGAGCGAACCAGCAAACAUUCACAGACGUUCGGGGCCAAACAGCCGGCUCACUACGGGGGCUCCAGUCAGGACAAGAGUGUGUGGCUGUCGUUGAUCGACGUGCUGAGGAAGAAGGACAACCUGCCGGUGGUGGCGUUCACGUUCUCCCGUAACCGCUGCGACGAGAACGCCAACAUGCUGACCACCGUCGACCUGACCAGCUCCGUGGAGAAGUCCGAGAUCCACGUCUUCUUCCAGAAGUGUAUCUCCCGACUGAAGGGUUCCGACCGUGAGCUGCCGCAGGUGAUUCAGAUGGUGGGGCUACUGAAAAGAGGUAUUGGCGUCCACCACAGUGGCAUCUUGCCCAUCCUCAAGGAGGUGAUCGAGAUGCUAUUCACCAAGGGGCUUGUGAAGGUAAGACCCGUGAGAGGGUAUUUAUUAGCUCUUGUCGGCACUGGGCCUGUACGCACUGGAGUUUGGUGUGCCCCAGGAGAGUACAUCCAGAUGGCGGGACGGGCGGGCAGGCGGGGACUGGACACCACUGGUAUGGUCAUCAUCCUCUGCAAGGCCGGUGUACACGAGAUGGCUGACCUCCACAAGAUGAUGUUGGUGAGCUGCUCACACACAUACCCAGGGACGGGGGAGGGGAUGGGAUGGGAGGUGGGGAGAGGCAGGGUCCCUCUCCUGUUGGUCCUCCGUCUAACGUACACCAUGAUCCUUAACCUACUGCGGGUUGAAGCUCUGAGCGUGGAGGACUCUUACCCUGAAAACGCAGCUCCCUUCUCCGAGUUCCACACUCGCCAAAGACACACCAAGAUGUACGAGCAUCAGAUCCAGGAACUGACCAAGAAACUGGCCAACUCUGACGAGGUGGAGUGCGUGGGUCAGCUGAGCGACCUGGAGAGCUACUACAUCACCGUGAGGGAGCUGCUCAUCACCCGCACCUCCCUGCAGAAGAUGAUCAUGGAGUCGACCAGUGUGCUGAAGGCUUUGUCGGCGGGCCGGGUGGUGGUGGUGAAGAACCGGCAGCACAAUAAUGCUCUGGGCGUUAUCCUGCAGGUCUCCACGGACUCUGGUGGACGCACCUUCACCGCGCUGGUGCUGUGUGAGGCCCGGCGGGGGGCCGAUGAGGGGGAGGACGAGGGGGGGACGCUGGAGGAACAGGAAGAACCCACAGCCCCCACCCCCGAACAGCUGCUGACCAGCAAGCUCUUCCUGCCAGAGGGGCCCUGCGGCCACGCGGUGGUGAAGCUGACCCCAGCGGACAUCGGCAGCGUGACGGUCAAGACUCUCCGGAUCAACGCCGACAAGAUCAUCGACGACUUCAAGAAGCGGCAGAUCCCACGCUUCAGGAACGAUGCCCCGGGCGCGUCAGUAACGGCAGCCACGCAGGAGCUGGUGAGGUUGGCGGAGGGCAGCCCGGGCGGGGUGGCCAGCCUGGACCCCGUCAGCGAGCUGCAGCUCCGAGACCUGGAGCUGGUGGAGGUUUAUAGCCGAGCUCGGCGGCUGGGCGAUGCCCUGAGCAGCUACAAGUGUGUACAUAGCCCCCGCUUCUCCAGCGAGUACACACGGAUGCACGGGCGGAUGGUGAUCAAGGAUGAGCUGGAGCGACUGUGUUACCUGGUGUCAGACCAGAGCCUCCUGUUACUGCCAGAGUACCAGCAACGCAUCCAGGUUCUGAAGCGUCUGCACUAUGUGGAUAGCAGCAGUGCGGUGCAGCUGAAGGGCCGAGUGGCCUGCGAGAUCAGCAGCCACGAGCUGCUGGUGACGGAGAUGGUGCUGGAGAACGUUCUGACGGAGCUGCAGCCCGAGGAGAUCGUGGCCCUGCUGUCCUGCAUGGUCUUCCCGCAGAAAAGCCAGCUGCAACCGCAGCUCAGUGCAACGCUGCAGCAGGGCGUGGAGCGGAUCCGGGCGGUGGCCGAGCGAGUGACGGCGCUGCAGCGGGACUGCGGGGUGCGGGACACGGGCGAGGAUUACGUGGAACAGCUGCGGUUCGGCCUGGUGCAUGUGGUGUAUGAGUGGGCCCGCGGCAUGCCUUUUGCCCAGAUCACGCGGCUGACGGACGUGCAGGAGGGGAUCAUCGUGCGCUGUAUCCAGCGGCUGAACGAGACGUGCCGGGACGUGCGCAGCGCCGCCCGCAUCAUCGGCGACCCCACGCUGCACGCCAAGAUGGAGCAGGCAUCGCAGCUGAUCAAGCGAGACAUCGUCUUCGCCGCCAGCCUGUACACCCAGUGAAUAAACAAGCUCGUCCACACA